AUUAUUGAAGUUUUGUUGGGUUGUUGCCUUUAUUGAUUUCGUUGAACACUUGGAUUGGUAUAGUUUGUUGCUGUUACUGAUGUCGCAUGCUGUUGGGUUGGAUGAUUUGGGUUAUUAGUUGUUAGCUGUUGAUUAGUUGGCAUCCAAGGUUUGAUCGGUCGAUUGUUUAGUAGUUUGAAGGUGUGUGGUCAUUUAUUGUUUGGAUUGCCUCUAUUUUGUACGGUACAAUGUCUGCAGAGGAGACUAAGUCUGCUUCUUCUUCUUCCGCUGUUAUUGGUAGCUCAGCUCGUUCUUCUCGAUUUCGGGAGAGGCUGUCUAUUACCUCUACACUUUUGAAUGGCAAAAAUUAUGUUGUUUGGGCUAAAGCAGUUGAGGUAUAUUAUUUGGGUGAGACAUUGUAUCAUUUUUUGACAGAUGAACCCCCUGCAGCGACUGCUGCCACAUAUGGGGCAUGGGUGUCCGAGGAUGCUCGGAUUCGAUCUGAAUUAUGGAAUAGCAUGGAAGACCAUAUUUCUAGUACACUGGUCUUCUUACCUACAGCCAAACAAGUAUGGACACAGGCUCAAGAGAUGUAUUCUGGUGUUAACAAUCUCCGUCGCACAUAUGAUCUUCAUCGGUCCUUCUUUUCUAUCUCACAGGGUGAUUUAUCCUUGGAGUCUUAUUAUGCCAAGUUUCGUGGUAUCUGUGAGGAGCUCAAUAUCUGUGAGCCUAUUUCUACUGAUGUUCAGCUUAUGCGGCGCCAGCGCAAGCGUAUGCAGGUGACUCGAUUCAUAUCUGGUGUAUCAUCGACUACUUAUGGUCCCGUCAGUAAUCAGCUUUUGGGAUCUCAAGAUUUACCUUCUCUUAGCGAGGUUUUUAGUCGACUUCGUCAGUCUUCUGUAUCUGUGCCUGUGCCACCUCCUGAUCGUUCAGCAUUGGCUUCCGCUGUAUUUGGUGGUUCUGGCUCUUCCUUUAGUCGUGGCCGUGGUCGUGGGUUCAGUGGUCGUGGUCGUGAUUCUGGAGAUAGUGGUCGUGGUUUUGGUCGUGGUUUUGUUGGUCAUGACUCUAGUUUUGGUACUCGUGGGGGUCGCAUAUCAGGGGGAGGUGGUCGUGGUCGCGGCCGUGAUUCCAAGUUUUGUACUCAUUGUCGGGGAACCAAUCAUACGGUGGAGUUCUGUUAUGAUCUCCACGGUUUCCCUCAGGCUCAUCAGGUUGCUAUCUCUCAGGAUGCUUCUGCUGGCAAUGUGGUGACUAUCUCUGCAGAGGAGUACCAGCGCCUUAUGUCAUUUCAGUCUCCAACUGCAGGUUCUUCCUCCACUGCUACGCUUGCUCAGAAAGGUCCAUCCGUUGCUUGUGUUGCAUCUUCCUCCACUUCUACUCCUUGGGUUAUUGAUUCUGGUGCCUCUGAUCAUAUGACUGGAUCUGAAGACGGGGAGGAAGAUUGGUGGGGGUACUGAACGUGGCGGCCUAUAUUACUUUGCCGAUGACAUCUAUCCUGCGUCUGCUGCCCUUCGGUCAUCAGUAUCACCAUAUCAACAACAUUGUCGUCUGGGUCAUC